UCUUCACAGGUCACACCGCUCUCCCUCCCUCCCUCUCUCUCAGCCACGAGACCAGAAGCCAACAACCGUCUUCGCCUUUUCACCUUUCACACACGUACAUUCAGAGCUUCCCUUCCUUCCUCGCGAGUUUUAGCUUCCCAUUGGAUUUGCAGAAGCAGAAAUGGAAACCCUAAUUUCACUCUGAACCGGAGGACUCUUUCGACUUCUGCUCCAUGACCCAAUCCUGAGCUCGAAUUCCGAGCAAUGUCAGUUGCGGAGCUUAAAGAGCGCCACGUGGCGGCGAGCGACACCGUCAACUCGCUCAGAGAGCGGUUGAAGCAGAAGCGCGCCUCCUUGCUCGACACUGAUGUGGCUGGCUAUGCAAUGUCUCAGGGGAAGACUCCGCUCACAUUUGGCCCCACCGAUCUUGUAUGCUGCAGAACCUUGCAAGGUCAUACAAGGAAGGUGUAUUCGUUAGAUUGGACCUCUGAAAAGAAUCGAAUUGUCAGUGCAUCUCAAGACGGGCGUUUGAUAGUGUGGAAUGCGCUAACAAGCCAGAAGACUCAUGCUAUAAAAUUACCUUGUGCAUGGGUCAUGACUUGUGCUUUCUCACCGACUGGUCAAUCUGUUGCUUGUGGUGGCCUUGAUAGUGCUUGCUCUAUUUUCAACCUGAAUUCUCUGUGCGACAAGGAUGGGAAUCUACCUGUAUCAAGAACACUUAAUGGGCAUAAGGGUUAUGUUUCCUCCUGUCAAUACGAUCCAGAUGAGGACACCCACCUGAUUACUGGAUCUGGAGAUCAAACAUGUGUUUUGUGGGAUAUUACUACUGGACUCAGGACUUCAGUUUUUGGAGGUGAAUUUCAGUCUGGACGACACACUGCAGAUGUACUGAGUGUAUCCAUCAAUCAAAGCAACUCAAGAUUGUUUGUCUCUGGUUCCUGUGAUACAACUGCUCGAUUGUGGGACACUCGUGUUGCAAGUCGAGCAGUGCGAACAUUUCAUGGUCAUGAGGGGGAUGUUAAUGUGGUAAAGUUCUUUCCAGAUGGAAAUAGAUUUGGAACUGGCUCAGAUGAUGGAACUUGCAGAUUAUUUGACAUUAGAACUGGGCACCAACUCCAAGUAUACCAUCAGACACACAGUGAUAAUGAUGUACCACCUGUGAAAACAAUUGCAUUCUCAAUAUCAGGAAGGCUUCUCUUUGCUGGAUACACAAAUGGGGAUUGCUAUGUAUGGGAUACUUUGCUGGCAAAGGUGGUUUUGAACUUGGGAUCCCUCCAAAACUCACAUGAGGCACAGAUUAGCUGUUUGGGUUUGUCGGCUGAUGGAAGUGCCUUGUGUACAGGAAGUUGGGAUACAAAUUUAAAGAUAUGGGCUUUCGGAGGGCAUAGGAAGAUAAUUUGAACCAACCGGGAAGCAGAUACCUCCAUCUUCUGUAUCCACUGUUCUCAAUGCCUCGCAUAGUAUGUCCUUCGUAGCUUUCUGUAUUGUUGAUGAAGAUACUGGGUUUGAGAAACUAAAAGAUGCUCUAAUGUGUUGCUGCUUGUUGUAACCCCACAUGGAAAAACAGUCAAUUUUAACAUUGGGAGAAAAAAGAGAUACAUUUCACGAAAACUCCGGCUUGAGAAACCGUCCCAUCUGCUCACUGCCUGAAUAUAUUCCCUCUGUAGCUACCGUCUCCCACGCGUCCAUGUACCUUCCGUUAGAAUGUUGUAAAUGACUUAUCUGUUUUAUCUUACGCUCUUUGCCCCUUAUGUUUUUCUAUUUGCUUGCUCUUGUUUUUGGGUAUUUGUUGUUUUGAAAAUUAAAAGAUAGAGGGAGAAAAGAAAUGAAAGUAAAUAACUAAUGUGUGUUUACUUACCA